ACUGCAGUAUAACUCUUAGAUCAGUUAGCAAAAUGGGUAAACCAAAAUAUGACUCACCGACCUCCAACUUUCCAUACAAAAUCCCCAAACGACUGAACAUAUUGAGUGUGCCAAGAAAGUAUAUAAUUGAUACGGGAGAGGGAAUGCCAGCUAUCAAUCCGAGAGGUAUUCGGAAGUCGGCUUUAGGCGCACAGGCCACUGAUCGAGUUACCGAUGUUGCUUGGCCAUACAUACGACGUUUUCUCAUCUUAAAGCGACUAUAUAAAAAUCGCUUUAGUCAAGAGCGAACAGACCGAAUAGAUCGCAUGAUAGAAGCAGCUAACUCCACCUGUUAUUCAAAACUCGCAAACUGCGUGCUUGACCUCAAAAAGCAGGAUUCCAAAGAAAUUAAGAAGAAACGUGGGUGGACGGAAAGCGAAUGGAAAAAACAUAUGGAAUAUAUUAGUCAAAUUGCUGGCCCCAGGAAGGACUUUAGACCGCCACCCAUAAAGAGAGGACACGGUAAGCCAUUAGCGGCGUUAUUGCCUCGUAUCAACCAAAUAUGUCGAUUCCCGGAUUUCAAGAUAUACAGAAGACUAUCUCAAGAAGCGUGGUACAGAGAUCCUGUUAAGGUUCCACCUAACGCCCUCAAGUAUGUAAUAUCAGACCGCGUCAAGAAGCUAGCAGCUCCAAGAGUUAUCCCGCAGCCCGGAGCAUAUGAUUAAUUCAAUUUUCCUCAAAUCAAUGAUUGCCCGACCUACACAUAUUUCUUUAACAUCCAAAUUAUAAUCCCUAUAUUUUCUCAGCAUUUUCAGUAAAUUUUCAAAUCAUA